CAAAGACGCACGGACUUUUGCAUUAAAGGCGCAUUCAUUCUCACUGCCCGAUCUUCUGAAUCUUGCUCCUGAAUCUCAUCUACGAAAGAACAAUUGAUGUUUCAAGUGGAAGAUGGAGAAGGCCGAGCUUGAGCAGGUGGGCAAUGGGGAUGCGAUAGCACAACAAGCUGAUCGUACGACAUUCUCUCAAAAUGGCGUAAGCGUUCCGGCAGCACCCCCUCAAACCGAUGAAGCGAUUGCACAAGCUUCACAACUGAGUACGUUGGAUUGUGAUUCGGAUGAAUUGGAAGCCUUAGAAGAUGAAGCCGACACAGAGUCAACAGAUGAAGCCGAAAUAGACCGUAUCGUAGAUGAAGCUGCAAUCACUUAUCCGCACGAACGAAUAGACGAAUUGGUUGUCGAGCUCAAAAAGGAUGGAUUGAUUUUAUUCAUGCAAACUCAUGUUGAUGGCAUCUCGGAGAAACGGAUGAAGGCAUUCCUCAUCGCUCUUGGUGUUCUUCUGCCCAAACAAUUGCGGGAAGCCGAUCAAGUUCCACUUCCAUACCUAACAGCACUACUGAAAUCUGCUCUGAUCAGAGUUCUAAGGAGGAGAGAGAAAUUAAAGCAGUACAAUACAGUAGACGAUGCUGUAGAAUUGAUCAAAAAGUCUAAGCGAAUAAUGGUAUUGGGGGGAGCUGGACUCUCUACCUCAUGUGGGAUACCCGAUUUUCGCUCUAAAGACGGUAUCUACGCACAAUUGCAACAUGGAGAUGCUCAAUACGCACAAGCAUUAUCCGAUCCAACAGAUAUGUUCAAUAAAGAGUUCUUUCUUUAUGAUCCUACUUGUUUCUUUUCGUUUGCGAAACAAAUCUUUCCAUCGAAUUUCAAGCCUUCGCCUUCACAUAGAUUUAUCAAACUUUUGGAGGACAAGCAGAAGUUACUACGACAUUACACGCAAAACAUAGAUACAUUGGAAGACGCUGCAGGGAUCGAAAAGGUUUUGCAUUGUCAUGGAAGCUUCAGCAAAGCUGCUUGUACAACGCCCGGAUGUACGUUCACCGUUCCAGGAUCGUACAUAAAAGAAGACAUCUUUGCACAACGGGUGCCAAAAUGUCCAAAGUGCUCAGAAGCUGAAGAAGCAAAAAAGCAAGCAAAGUCAGGCAAGAGCCAGAAAAAUUGGAAAGCAGACGACAACGAUGAUGAUGAUGAUGAUGAGCUCGAUGCAUUGCCAGGGAUAGGUGUGUUAAAGCCAUGUAUCACCUUCUUUGGGGAGGCGCUUUCAGGCGAGUUUGAUCAAUGCGUGGUGCAGGAUCGAGAAAAGGUAGAUCUUUUGAUCGUAAUGGGUACUUCAUUAAGAGUUGCGCCAGUGAGCGAAUUGGUAGGACAUAUACCUCAUUCUACCCCGGUCAUUCUGAUCAAUCGAACGCCAGUAACUCAUCUGGCUAUGGAUAUUCAGUUGCUUGGUAAUGGGGAUGAGAUUGUUGAUUAUUUAUGCAAAAGAUUAGAUUGGCAAUUGCCUUUACCCAAGCCAUCCAAAGAAGUUGUUGGUCAAGAUAGCGCGGCAAUAGAUAUGGCUGUCAAGGAAGAGACUCCUGCUCCCGGUGAGGCAACGAAGGAAGGGGGCGAAGUCCAGCCACAAAGACUAGGUGAUACUCAUAUCUGGCUCUUUCCUGGUGCUGAAGCAGACGAGCUCAAGGAGAUGUGGGCAGCCGAAGAGGAAGAAGAGGAGGAGGAUGGCGAUGAUCAGCCCAAUCUUAAAAGAUCCGCCGAUUCUCCCCAUGAAGAAGCACCUCAAAAAAUCGCCAAAAUAGAUGAAUAGAUUCGGCCCUCUGGACAUUAUGUAUUAUACUCACACACAUCUUUUCAUAU